AUGGUAUAUUUAGAAGGUGGAUGGAAGUUUGAUUUCAGGCGAGACCUUACAAAUUCAGAGGUGCAAGAACUCGCUACUCUUCUUACUGUAAUAGGGGAUAGCCCACCAGUUCGGGAUGGUCUUCUUGAUACACGUAGAUGGAAACUUCAUUUCACGGGAGUUUUUACUGUCAAAUCCCUUUAUGCUAAGUUAAUGGCAGAAGUUGGAGUUGAUCAUUUUCCUCACUUGUUCGUCUGGAAACCAGCAAUUCCACGUAAGGAACAUCUUUUCUUACAUUGUAAGAUUGCUUACAAGAUUUGGUCGAGUAUUCUGCCUAUUACAGGUUGGCAUCCGUCGUUUCAAAUUGGGGAGUAUCUCAACUCUAACUGUCCAAAUAUUUACCUGGAAAUUUUUGACGAUGAAUGCAUUGUGAAGCUUAAUGUCAAGAUUAUAGGAGAACCAACUUUGGUUCCUCCAGUAGAGGAGACACCCAAGGGUGUAUACUACUUGGCUAACAUUGACAGGGGAGCUGAUAUGAUUCAAACUUUUAAUUGUUUUAGCAAAACUUUUGAUGGGAAGUUUUUAGAUGCAGCUCAAGCCUUGAAACUUGGCUUAGCGAAAGUUCUUGUUCACUACUAUCCUAUUGCUGGACGUCUUAUAUUGAAUGAGAAAAAUAAGUUUGCAAUCAAUUGCACGGGCGAAGGUGCUCUUUUUAUCGAGGCUGAGGCCGACUGUACGUUGGAAGAGAUUGGUGACCUGACGCAACCCAAUCCGGCUACUUUUAAGAAACUUGUUUACGGCAAUCCUGGUCCAGUAAAUGUACAUGAAGAUCCUCCUCUACUUGUGGCUCAGGUAACUAAAUUCAAGUGCGGCGGUUUCACUCUUGGACUAAGCCAGAAUCACACGGUAUUUGAUGGAGUUGGUGCAAUGGAGUUUGUGAUUUCAUGGGGUGAAGUUACCAGAGGAUUUCCAUUAACGAAACCACCGUUCCUAGAUAGAACCAUACUCAUGGCACGAACCCCACCACAGACACAGUUCACCCAUAUACUCGAGGAAAUCAUAGACGUAUCAAACACCAAUGCUCUUUGGGAAGAAGAAAAGCUUCUUGACAAAUCCUUCAUUUUUCACCCCCACAGGCUAGAAAGACUAAGGGAAAAGGCAAUGGAAGAUGGGGUUCUGAAAAAGUGCACCACUUUCGAAGUUCUUACUUCGAUCAUGUGGAGAGCGAGAACUAAAUCAUUAAGACUUCAUCCUAAUCAACAAGUAAGGCUACUAUUUCCUGUUAAUGCUCGGUCUAGAUUCCACCCGCCAUUACCAAAAGGUUACUUUGGAAAGGCAAUCGCCUUAAAGAACAGUCAGUGCAGCGUGAGUGAGCUGCUAGAAAGCCCGCUUUCAUCAACAAUAGAGCGAUUUCAACAAUUAAUUGGUUUGGUUACAGACGAAUGCAUGAGAUCCAUCAUAGAUUCGCUGGAAGAAUACGAGCAGCCGUUACCUAAAGCGCAUACCCUAUUUCUAAGUGUUUGGACUAGGAUAGGACUACAUGAUAUGGAUUUUGGUUGGGGAGAGCCUAUUUUUGCAGGCCCUCCAACUUUGCCAACAAACGUAGUCUUUUUCUUGCCUCAUGGAGAAGAAAGGAAAGGCAUAAACUUGUGUCUAAGUCUCCCUGUUUCAUCCAUGAAGAUCUUCGAAGAAGCGAUAAAUACAAUCGAUUAA